AUGUCUUCCUCCAAAGUGGUUGUUGUAGGCGCUGGCGUCGUGGGACUUACUGCUGCCCUUCAGCUCAAAAGAGCGUAUCCAGAUUACGACAUCACCGUUGUGGCGGCACACAUACCAGGUGACUUCAGCUUGGGAUAUGCCUCACCCUAUGCUGGAGCGAACUGGCACUCAUUGGCCAGCCCAAGGGACAAAAAACUUCAGGAGUUUGACGAAGUGGGAUAUCACGAAUUUCAGCGUCUUGCGGAUGACCCUCAGUCCGGCGUCUGGCGCCGAGCCAAUGCCAAUUACUAUACUCCUACAGCUGUCGCUAGAGCUAAUGGCGAUACCUCUGGUUUCAAUCAUUGGUUCAAGGAGCUUGCCAACGAGAGGGUCAUUCCAAAAGAGGAUCUUCUCCCAGGAACAGUAUACGGUACCGAGUUUGAUACGGUGGUGAUUUCCGUGCCGAUCUACCUCAACUAUCUCUUGCAGCAUUGCAUCAAACUAGGUGUGACAAUCAAGCGUGUCAGCUUCAUCACCAGCAUUGACGAUGCUCGUUCGCUCCAUUCUUCCGGAAAAGAGGCCGACUGGGUCAUCAAUUCCGCUGGGCUUAUGGCCUACAGAAUCGACGGAGUCAACGAUGCGAGACGGAAUUACCCAGUCAAGGGCCAGGUGCUUUUUGUCAGGAACAAUAUCAGCAAGUGCAUUUGCGUCGAGGGUUUUGACGACCCCAAUGAGCUCCUCUACAUGUUCCCACGCAAAGAAGGCGGCACCAUUAUUGGAGGUACUUUUGUCCAAGAGAACUGGGACCCCCAGGAGAACAAGGCCCUUUCCGUCAAACUCUCUCAGCGAGCCGUUGCGUACGCCCCUGAGAUUGUGGAUGCCAAGCUCUCGAAUCCGAGCUUUUUGGACGUUGUUCAAGUCAACGUUGGACUCAGACCUUUCAGAGACGGUGGCAUGCGGAUUGAGAGAGAUACCAGACGACCAUGGCUCAUUCACAAUUACGGUGCUGGCGGCGGAGGAUUCCAAGGAAGCUACGGUUUUGCCAAGAAGGUUGUCGAAUUGGCCGCACCAUCCCAGCCAAAACUCUGA